UGACGUCACGGGCUUCCUCGUCCAACACAAAACAUGUUUCGAUACAACCGUGAACCCUAGAAACGUUUACAGAGUCUGUUUUGAUCAUCAGGUGACAGCUUUGACAUCAACUCCACAUGGGGCGGAUAGAGCGAUGACCCCCGCUCGGCCUGUGGGACGUGUAGAGUGCUGCGUAGGAGAGAAGUAGCAAAGGAUGGGAAGGAGGGUAUGGGGCCUCUCCCAGGGCGUCCCAACUGCUGUGCUCUAUGGCUCCCUGGCUCUGUUCGUCUCCAUUCUCCACAACGUCUUCUUACUGUAUUACGUGGAGACCUUUGUGUCUGUUUACAAGAUCGACAAGUUAUCGUUUUGGGUGGGAGAGACCGUGUUUCUGAUAUGGAAUAGCCUAAACGACCCUCUCUUUGGCUGGCUGAGUGACCGCUCAUUCCUGAGUUCUCCACAGUCUGGGUCCCAGAUCACAUCCCCUGAGGUGGUUUUGAAGCGUCUGCAAGCACUCUCUCGUAGCGGGCCUCUCUUUGCCCUCUCGUUCCUGGCCUUCUGGGUGUCUUGGACCUGGCCUGGACUGCAGUUCCUCAUCUGCCUGUGCCUUUACGAUGGCUUCCUCACGGUGGUCGACCUCAACCACAACGCCCUCCUGGCUGAUCUGGCCGUGUCUGCACAUGACCGCACGCGCCUCAACUUCCACACUUCCUUGUUCAGUGCGAUGGGCUCGCUGUCCGUUUUCCUCUCUUACUCCUUCUGGAACAAGGAAGACUUUUACUAUUUCAGGCUCUUCUGUAUGACUCUAGCCGCUCUCUCAAUGCUAGGCUUUUACAUUGUUUCACGUCUCCUGCGGCACCGGUUUCAGAACGAAGUCCUUCUACGCAAGAACGAGAGCCAAGCACUUGCUGAACUGAGUGUCGGUCAAGCUCCUUUUACCUCACCUGGGAAGCCAGUCACUCUUGGAGAAUAUCUAAAGCAGCUGUCAUGUCACAAGAACUUUAUGUGGUUUGUCUCUAUGAACCUUGUACAGGUAUUCCACUGCCAUUUCAACAACAAUUUCUUUCCUCUGUUUUUGGAGCACCUCCUGUCAGAUCGUAUCUCUGCCUCUACCGGUUCCUUCCUGCUAGGCUUUUCUUACAUUGCACCUCAUCUAAACAAUCUCUACUUCUUGACGCUGUGCCAAAGACUGGGUGUCUACCAGGUUGUCCGCGGGCUCUUCCUCUUAAAGCUGGGCCUCAGCAUAGCCAUGCUUCUAGCAGGGGCGGACCAGGUGUACCUGCUCUGUAUCUUUAUUGCUAGUAAUCGCGUCUUCACCGAGGGAACUUGUAAACUUCUGAACCUGGUGAUCACAGACCUAGUGGAUGAGGACUUUGUGUUGAACCACCGGCAACAAGCAGCUUCUGCCCUGCUCUUUGGUAUGGUUGCCUUGGUAACCAAGCCUGGUCAGACCUUUGCCCCUCUCAUUGGUACCUGGCUGCUGUGUCUCUACACAGGAUAUGACAUCUUCGAGAGGAAGUCAGUGGCAGAAGCACCGAUCGCAGCUCCUUCUUUCCCUGUGCCACUGCGUCAGGGUUGCUUUUACCUGCUGGUGUUUGUGCCCAUUUCCUGUGCCCUUCUGCAGCUGCUGGCGUGGUCUCGCUUCACUCUGCAUGGGCGAAGGCUUCAAAACAUCAAGUCCCUGAGGCAAGGUGCCCAACACAGCCACCUCAUUGAUGUCAAGGCUAUCUAAUACUCCUAUAGGGAGGGGAAGAGGAAGGAGAGAUGAGUCGUGGGCAUUCCCCUUGUCGAGGCAUUCUACCAACAGGCCUCAAAUAGAUAAUGGUGACGCCAAAUACUGCAAAAGACACUUGAGAGAGAAUGUAGGUCCCAUCUCAUUGAAACUUGCCUUAUUUUCUAUGUUUGCUAACGACUAUUGAGUAUGUGACCAAAUAUGAAAGGAUUCGAACAAUCUAGUGGUUUGGGACCAUAUUGAACAGUACUGCCACCCAAACCAUCUGUUCUGAAGUUUCUGUGUAUAGUUAUAUGGGAUGAUAAUCAAGCCAAAUCUAAUCACAUCUCCCUUGACUGUAUGUUUUAACUGUAUGUGAAGAAAAAAAAAACCCACACUGUUCUGAGAAAGGGCAUGUUUACACUAAAUGUUCAGCGGCAUUCCAGGGAUACAUAAUAUGGAAUUGCAUGGAUAUCAGUGGCGGUUUUAACACUAUCAGGACUUAAUUCGGCCAGCUGUUAAAGUUGUUUUGUGGCUAGUAACAUCUAGUGUGUAUGACUUUUUUAAAUUCAUUCAGUUACUCAUUCCUGUCGAUGAUUAUCAUUACUGAAAAAUUCUGUAUAUUAUAUUUCACAUGAACGUAAAUGUGUUGUACUUGCAUGUAUAACUAACUUAUUUUUGUACCAAAUGUCCAAAUUCACUUUAUUUUUGUGUUUUACAAGCAGAGUUGUCAAUUUGACUUAUGAGAGGCAAAUCAUUCCUUGGCCAAUUUGACGUUAAAGUUUUAAAGUUACCAAAAUAGUUUUGUAUAAGGGUUUUCCAAAUUACAUUUUUUAUUGACAAAUUUAUAUUCUUAACUUUUAGUAAAGAUUUUUUUGUGUGUGUGUGAAAUUUUAUUAUUUCAACUGUCAGAUUUUUGCAAAACAAAAAAAUUAACAAGAAGACACGUCUUAAUAUUUUAGUCCUUAUAUGGUUACAUUUGUUUCUGUUUAUCAAAUACUGGUUGUUGCACAGCGGGCACAUCUGAUAUUUGUGUCAUAUUUUAUGGUUAUUUAUUUUAGGAAAAAAAAUAGUUAUAAGGAUAUAUCAGUUUUAGUGUUUUUGCCCACUGCUCAAAUCAUUUUGCUUGCAAAUAAAUGUUUUAUAACAUUAA